GGGGGGAGGGGGGUUAUCCAAGGUGUAUGGGGAGGUCGGAGACGGAGGAGGAGGAGGAGGAGGCAGGGCGGAGAAAUAAAAACUGCGAGGGACCAGAGAUGUUUGAUCAUUUGCGAAGUCUUGUGCGUCCUCCUCACCGCCCGCCCAUACAGACUGUUCUGGAGGCUGAUAGAAACCCCGCCGCAGAGCGCCGAUUGUCCACGGCUCCGUGAGGAGGUGCCACGAAGGGAUUAAUGAGCCUAAAAAACGCACCAAGUUUCUCAUUUAGGCUCAUUUGGGCGUUUAUUCCUGCGUAAGGCCUGGAGCACUUUUCAUUAUCUCUUUUUUUUCCUAUUGAUUUGAGGAUACCUGUACCUCUACUGAUGGAACAGGGUCACUCCAAUGUUCUCCUGCCGCCUCCCCACACCACCUAAUAUUUCCUGGAAAAACGUGUCCAUUGCCUGCUCCCAACAAACAUGGACUGUUUUCCCAUGCUCUAUUUUCUGUCGAGACAUCAUGAUUCCUGGUAAUCGAAUGCUGAUGGUCAUUUUAAUAUCCCAAGUCCUGCUGGGAGAGAGCAACCAUGCUAGUCUGAUACCCGAAGAAGGGAAAAAGAAAGUACCUGGCCUGCAGGGUCGCUCGACCGCUCAGAGCCAUGAACUUUUACGGGACUUUGAGGCCACACUGUUGCACAUGUUUGGCCUCAAAAAGCGCCCGCGUCCAAGCAAAGCUGCCGCCGUGCCUCGUUACCUGCUGGAUCUCUAUCGACUGCAGUCAGGGGAGGCUGAAGACGUAGAGGCACACGAAAUUCCUUUUGAGUAUCCCGAGAAGUCAGCCAGCCGAGCCAACACCGUGAGGGGCUUCCACCAUGAAGAGCACAUGGAGAGGAUACACGAAGUGGAUGAUGCAGAAUCCAUCCGUCUUCGCUUCCUGUUCAACCUUAGUAGCAUUCCAGAGGACGAGCUGCUGUCUUCCGCAGAGCUGCGACUCUACCGUCAGCAGCUGGGCGAGGCCAACGAUGAUAGCCCCCUAAACGACCAGGGCCUUCAUCGGAUAAACAUAUACGAGGUGCUUAAACCCCCGCGGCCCGGGCAGCUUAUCACGCAGCUUCUGGACACCCGGCUUGUGCGCCACAACGCUUCGCGUUGGGAGAGCUUUGACGUCAGCCCCGCUGUGCUACGUUGGACUCGGGAACGGCUCCCUAAUUAUGGACUGGCUGUGGAGAUUCUCCACCUUAAUCAGACUCCACACAACCAGCACCGACAUGUCCGCAUCAGCCGUUCCUUACACCAGGAGCCAGGAGAGGACUGGGACCAGGUACGCCCUCUUCUGGUUACCUUUGGCCACGAUGGAAAGGGUCACUCAUUGACACGCCGGACAAAACGCAGCCCCAAACCACGAGGGCGUAAACGAAACCGCAACUGCCGGCGCCAUACUCUGUAUGUGGACUUUAGCGAUGUAGGCUGGAAUGACUGGAUAGUGGCACCUCCUGGUUACCAGGCCUAUUACUGCCACGGAGAGUGCCCUUUUCCGCUGGCAGAUCAUCUGAACUCAACUAACCACGCCAUCGUGCAGACACUGGUGAACUCUGUGAACAACAACAUUCCCAAGGCCUGCUGCGUACCAACAGAGCUCAGCGCCAUCUCAAUGCUAUACCUAGACGAAUAUGACAAGGUGGUCCUAAAAAACUACCAGGAAAUGGUAGUGGAAGGCUGCGGCUGCCGCUGACCCACAAACUGAAAGCCUCUUCAUACUCCGCGGGAGCAGAGAAAUGUAAUCUCCCAGUCGUGCAAGAGCAAUUGUUGCAUUUCUUUUCUCAAGUUCUCCCAGCUUGUUCCCAACUCAACUUUUAAGCAGAACUUUGUAUUUUGUGCAAAGGUGUUUAAUGAUUGGUUGAUUUGAAGUGGGCGGGGUUAAUGCAGCUCUGUCUGUAGGUGCAAAUUGACUGAAUGGCAUUAUCUGAUGGACCAUGUCGUAAAAACAAUCGGUUGACAUUCUGAAAAAGUCUUUCAUGGCCGAUUGGUUUCCACUGUUGAAGGAAGACCCUGCUCUAAAAACGACAAAUCCAACAUGAUUCUUCCUUUCCUUCUCCUCAAUGAACUGCAUUUUCACUUUUUCAUUAUAUAUUGUGUAAUGUCACAGCAGGAGGACCCAAUCAGGACUUCUAAUAAGUUUAGUUUCAAAAUAUCCUAGAUUUCUUUCAUCUACCUUGUGAAGCCGAAAAAAAUGUCCUGUUCCCGUGGAGUAUGAAGACCUUUUUUUUUAGAAAAGAAAAAAAAAACCUGUCAUUUGGACUGGCAACAAACAAAGCAGAAACAAUUCCACCCAAAAACAUUUACCAUUAUUUAUAACUUCUAUGAUCUGUAUGUUUGUCUCACUUUUUUCCCUUUUAUCAUACAUUUUGGCAAAAUAUAUAUAUUUAUAUCUACAUAUUAAAGACAAAUUGAGCCCUUAUUUUAAAACAAAAGCUGUACAACUUUUCAUAAUGUACAUUAGAUUGUUUUUUUGUUUUUUUAUGGAGAAAAUAGUAAAAACAAAGUAAAGUUUA